AUGAAAACAAGAUCUUAAGAUAAAAAGCUUGGAACAGCAAGCCCAAAUUAGAAAAGCCAAAGCUAAAAAGAUAAGAAAAAUGAAGAAAAUAACGAUGAAUAGCACUUAAAGCAAUCAGCUAACAAAAACCUCACCUAAAGCAAUAAAAAAUAAAAAAAUUCAAGUUAAAAUAAUACUAAAAUUGAAUCAAUUGUAAAGAGCCCUAAUUUAGGUUCAUAACUAAAACCUGAAAAUACAAGCAAGUAUCUUUCAAGCACUUCUAAAUCUCCAUAAGCAAAGUCUCCUCAACCUAAAUCUCCUGCUUAAAAUGGCGCUUUAGCAGCUAAUUCUCUUGAUAACUUUCACUUAGAUAAUAAUCACAAUUAAAGUGAAAUAAAAGAAAAGAGAGUAGAAGAUAUAAAAAUAGACUUAGGCUCUUUUAUACAAAAGAAGGAAACAAAUAUAGAUGAGUACUUAUCGCAAUUUGAUGAUAAAAUUAAAUUAGGAACUGGUCACUACUCAGAAGUUUACAAAAUUAAAGAUAAGUUGAAGGAUGUUUAUAGAGCAAUGAAAAUUAUUAACAAAAAAAAAAUCCCUUUCAAUGAGAAGGAGUCUUUUUUAAGAGAAAUCAAAAUUUUGAAAAAAUUAGACCAUCCUAACAUCCUAAAGCUAUAUGAAUUUUUAGAGGAUAGCGAUAACUACUACCUGAUUACAGAAUUUUGUGAAGGCAAAGAACUCUUUGAUGUUAUUCAAGAUAAUUGCGAAAAUCUCACAGAAAAAGAUAUUGCCUCAAUAGUUCAGUAAAUUCUAUAAUCUCUUGCUUAUGCUCACUCAAACAAAAUAAUGCACAGAGAUAUUAAGCCUGAAAAUAUAAUGGUUCAGACAGAUAAAAACAAUAAUUAUAUCAUUAAAUUAGUAGACUGGGGAAUAGGGAGUGAUUUUGGAUCUAACGAUUCAACUUUAAACCAAAAAUGUGGUACACCUUACUAUGCUGCCCCAGAGGUUAUUAAAAAAAAAUACAAUGAAAAAUGUGAUAUUUGGAGUACAGGAGUUAUUUUAUAUACUCUCUUAGUUUCAGAGAUUCCUUUUGGUGGUGAUUCUACAACUGACAUAAUUUUGAAUGUUUUAAAAGGAAAAUACGAUUUGAAAGGCUAAGAAUGGAAUAAAGUGAGUGAUGAAGCAAAAGAUUUAGUUUAGAAGAUGUUAAAUUAUGAAUAUGAAAAUAGAAUAAGCGCAGAAGAGGCUUUGUAGCAUCCAUGGUUUAAAUAAAUUAAUCAAAAACUAAGCAAAUAGGUUCUCAAAGUAAAUCUAUCAAAGUUGAAACUAUUUCAAGCUCAAUCAUAAUUGUAGAGAGCUGCAAUGAGUUUUAUAGUUAGCCACUUAAUCAGCGAAAAAGAGAAAGAAGAGUUUUCUCAAACGUUUAAAUAAUUAGAUGAAAAUGGAGAUGGAUAGCUCUCAAAAGCAGAAAUAAUGAAUGGAUAUAAAAAGGUAUUCGGCAAAAAUAUAUCUGAAGAAGAAGUAAAUAAAAUAUUCGAUUAAAUAGAUGUAAAUUAGAGUGGAUUUAUAGAUUAUACUGAAUUUAUUACUGCAGUCAUAGAUGAUUCUGUAUUUAUUGAAGAUGAAAAAUUAAGAAAAGCAUUUAGUUUAUUUGAUAAAGAUGGAGAUGGAUACAUUACUUAGCAAGAAAUAUAAAAUGUACUAGGAGUUGGUAUGGAUUUUGAUUCAGAAACUUGGACUAAAAUAGUUGCAGAAGUUGAUGAAAAUGGAGAUGGUUAAGUUUCUUUUGAAGAGUUUAAAAAAAUUAUGCAAACUUUAGUUAAACAGGAAACAAGUUAAAAAAGAAAACAGUAAAAAAAAAAAUCUUUAGUUAUGGAAGAUGAAAAAUAAUCUUGA